GGCCGCCUCCCCGGGCGCCGCGCGGGACCCGCCGAGCGGAGCGCCCUGCAGCCCCAGCCCCACGCUCAGGCCUCCGGCCACCGAGCUCUAUGAUCGCCUGGUCCACCCCUCCAGCCCCCAGAGGCCUGCAGCUCUGACCCCCACCCAAUCGGUGACUUCAGGAGGGCCCGCCUCCCCGUGCCCGCCGGCGCCAUGCCAAUCCUCAAGCAGCUGGUGUCCAGCUCCGUCCACUCCAAGCGCCGCUCACGCGUGGACCUCACAGCCGAGAUGAUCAGCGCCCCGCUGGGCGACUUCCGCCACACCAUGCACGUGGGCCGGGCUGGGGACGCCUUUGGGGACACCUCCUUCCUGCACAGCAAGGCCGGUGAGCCGGACGGCGAGUCUCUGGACGAGCAGGCCUCCACCACGUCUUCCAAGCGCAGCCUCCUGUCCCGCAAGUUCCGCGGCAGCAAGCGGUCCCAGUCGGUGACCAGGGGUGAGCGGGAGCAGCGGGCCGUGCUGGGCCCCCUGCGAGACUCCGCGCUCUUCGUCAAAAACGCCAUGUCGCUGCCACAGCUGAACGAGAAGGAGGCGGCCUCAGACAAGGGCUCGGCCAAACUGCCCAAGAGCCUGUCGUCCAGCCCCGUGAAGAAGGGGGCCUCUGGGGAGGACGGUGCCGGGGCUCAGAGCCCCAGGGAGGGGCUGUCCCGCCACAGCAAUGGGGCUGGGGGCCCCCACUCACCCGACCCCCUCUUGGAUGAGCAGGCCUUCGGGGACCUGACAGACCUGCCCAUGGUGCCCAAGGCCAGCUUUGGGUUGAAGCACGCCGAGUCCAUCAUGUCCUUCCACAUUGACCUGGGCCCGUCCAUGCUGGGGGACGUGCUCAGCAUCAUGGACAAGGACGAAUGGCAGCCAGAGGAGGAAGAGCAGGAGGAGGAGGAAGGUGGGGGAGGCUACCGCGGCACCGACCAGGGCCCCAGCCACCUGGAGGCAGACCCAGCACCUCGGCCCCGUGUGGCCGCCCCUCUGCCGUCUGAGCAGGAAGGCCAGGCCAGGCCGGACACUUCCUCGCUGCCCUCCCGGGCUCUGGAGGACGAGGGGUGGGCAGCGGCGGCCCCUAGCCCAGGCUCAGCCCGCAGCUUGGAGAGCCACACCACACGGGACAGCAGCUCCCUGUCCAGCUGCACCUCGGGGGGCUUAGAGGAGCGCAGCCCUGCCUUCCGGGGGCCUGAGCGGGCCCGAGCCCUGAGACCGCCCGACAAGGAGUUUUCCUUCAUGGACGAGGAGGAUGAUGACGAGAUCCGAGUAUGAAUCGGGGGCGGCACCUGGACUCCCGGCAUUUCCUCUCUGUGCCCACUCCAAGCUGCCCUCCCCCUGCCCAGCAGCUGCCACCAAUACCUAGACCCCAAGGGGAAGGGGCCCAACCAGGCCGGGGAGCCAGCAGGGUCAGCAGCCCCCCCUGACUUCCUGUCCCGCCAUGUCAUCCCUCAUCCCCCCAACUGUGGGUCUAGGGCUCCAAUUGACUUUCUCCCUGGGCCUGUCUUUCCCCCACCCUGCCCUCACCUGGUUGCCAGGUGGCCACCUGAGUGCCCGCCAGCUGCAAAGCAGGUGGGCCCAGAGGCGGACUCCUUUCUCUCCCAGUGGCCUCUGCUGAGACGGGCAGCUGCCUGGUCCACAUGCAUGGGCCUAGUGGACUGGGUGGUUCUCUGUCCCUACCCUGACUUCCUCAUUCCUGGUUCCCAUUGCCCACUGGGCAUUAGCGGGACCAGGUGGCUAGCCCCGAACAUGCCCGCUGACCAAGGUAGCCCUUCCAGGGCCGGAGAGCAAGCAGUAUGGGAAGCAGAGGAUGGCCCCUGGGCUUCCUGAAUUUCCAGGGAGGAGGCCGCAGGAAUUUAACACUAGGAACACAGCUGGGUGUGUAUGUUGGGGGGGGGGGGUAUCCUGGCUCCUCACAGUGACUUCCCCGUCCCCGUAGAAGGAGAUGAGUGGGAUUAACAGAUCUGUCACCAGAAAAGCAGCGACAGCCUUGUAGCAAACCUUUCUACUAAAUUAGGCCCCUCCGGCAAAGCAGCAUAGCAUAGCACAGCACAUUUCAGCAGGCUGGUGUGGCCAGCAGGGAGAAACUGGCUGAGCCUGGAACCAGCGCAUUCAGGCUUGACUUAGAACCGCGUGGUGUGGACCCCCGGGUGUCCCUGCCCCUCACCCGCUACCUGCUGACAGGCCAGUGUUGUCAAGGGGGUCUGCAAAGCGUCCUUUGUUUUGAAUAAUACGCCAUGUCGAGGAGGGUGUGUACGGCAUAAGGCAUAAGCUCUUUGGGGGUUGGCUUGCGCCCCCCAAAACAAACCCAAACAUACUGACUAUUUCUCCUUCCUUAAGUUCUCUCUUCCCUACCUCGUUCUGAGACGAGAGGAGGAUUUUCUGAGUUAGAACAGAACCCGAACCCAGGCCGCUGGUUGUGGGUUGGUUUCUGUUUUCUUCAGCACAAGCUUGUUCCCUGCCGUGGAACGUAGCAAAACUACAACAAAAGACGACGCGUUGUUCAUCUGGGAUCCCAGUGCCACUUGGAUCCCAUCGGAUACCUGGCCGCCCUGCCCUGUCCGUGGGGACCUGUGAGAAGCUGUCGCCCCACUCCUCCCAUCCCCCUGUGGCCAGGGGAGGGGCACAAACCUGAUGAAAACCAGGGUUCCAGGGGUGUCCCGUCUGGCCGACUUUGGAGACCACACUACCUGAUUCUGACCCACGUGCCUGUUCAGCGCGCCUGUCUCUGGUAGUUUAUGCCACCCCUAUCCCCCAACCCCACAUGGGGGCGGGGUGGCAGGCCCCCCUCCGCUCCCUGCCCUUGAAACCCAGCAGGAGAGUAGUCCGCUCUAGAUUCUGGACUGUAUCCUGCCCCUGUGUUACUGCUAUUGGUGAGGGAGCAUUAAACAGCCCUGUAGCA